AUGGGAACAGUCAUUGUUCUACUUCCUCAUGAUUAUUACCCUGAGAACUUCCGACACUGUAACUUGUAUACAUGGACUCACAACGAGGAAGUUCGAAUAGCUCGAGGAAGGGCUCUCGAGGAUUCCAAGAGGAAACAAAGAAAUUUGAAGAAAGAUGAUGAUAGCAUGAAAUCCGAUGAUGAAGAGAUUCCGAAGUUCGAGGGCGAUAUUCACGCAAUGAGAGCUCAUCUAGGAUUGGCACCUUUAGAAGAAAAUCCACCCAAGUUUCGCGAGGAAGAAGAUGGUUCGACAACUGUUUGUGAAGAUGGUAUGGAGUUUCGGCAUAAGAAAGCAGAAAACUGGGCUGAGAAAAAGAGACAGCAAGAAAUUAAAGAAAAACUUGAGACUUCAAAACGGAAAAGAGAAAUCGGUGAUAAAUUUUUUAAAACAAAGGGGUUAGCUGAUUCUGAUUCUGAAGACGAGGGUGCUGCAGGUUGGAUUAAUAAACAGCGUAAACUUGAAGAGGAAAGAAAGAAAGCUCAGGAAAGGGAGAAGAUGCUCGAUGACAUGGACGAGAACUACAGUAAUGUUGCUGCCGUUGAGCCCAAGAAGAAGCUAAAACCGAAAAGGCCGAAGGGAAGCGGCACUGCAGGCUUAGUGAUUGGUCACUCUAAAGAAUCUUUUGUUGAAAUGCGGGAUCAAAUUCUAGUUUUAGAAGAUAAAGGAGUAUUGGACGAUGGGGAAGAAACUUUGGUUAAUCCCAACAUGUUGGAUAAUGAGCGGUAUAAAAGAAAUGUGGAACUCAGAAAAAGGAAGGAUGCUGCCAAAGGUUUCAACGAAGAGUUUGAUCGUUAUGGAAAUCCUCUGGAUAAGGGCCUUCUUGCGAAGUACGAUGAAGAACUAGAAGGUUAUCAGAGAGAAACGUUCCGUCUUGACGAAGGAGGUAGCUUUGAUGUGGACAAAGAGGAGAGAGAAAUGAAAAUCAAAAAGCAGCUUGAGAUCGCCGGAAAAACACUGGUCAAUAUGGAUAUGCCCAAGUACAAACUAGCAUCAGAUUUCUACACACAGGAAGAAAUGAUAGAGUUCCGUAAAUCCAAAAAAGGCAAAAAAGACAAAAAUAAAAUUAGAAAACGUGGAAAAACGUUAAAAGCCGAUGAUCUGGUUCCUGUAGAGCCCGCUGGAUCUUCUAAUUUAGGAUCAAGAAAUCAAGGUUCUAGAGUCAAAAGUGAGCAAAACGGUUCCAGCAAAGAUGAUGUUGUUAAGAGAGAAGCUGAAGAGAUGGAAACUGACGAAAGAGGUCCUUGGAAAAAAGUGACUCAAGGAGCAGUCGAUGUGGAGAAGCUGAAAAGUUUUGCACGUAGAGCGGAAGAGGAAGAGGAAUCUGACAGCGAUGAAGAAUUCGGUAACAAUAACCUUGCAAACGUUAUCAUCGACGAUGAUGCGGAAGAUGAGCUCACUUCUAUCUUGGAUAAAGCAAGGAAGUUAAAACAGAUCGAGUCGAAGCCAGUUGGUGAUUCUGCUCUAAAGAUUCAUGGAGUAGUUGCGAAGAUGGAGGAAGAUGAAAUGGAUGACGAAUCAGACAAAGCUGGAGGGAUCGUUAUUGACUCUACUAUGGAGUACUGCAGAAAUAUUGGAGAGAAUUUGACAUACGGUCUCGCCGGAAAUCGUACUGAUGCCGUUGAUAUGUCAGAGUUGCAGAGCAUAGACGAAAGCACCGCAAUUGCUAAUUGGCGUAAGGCGAAUGCUGAAGCAGCGAAAGAGAAAAAACAAGGAGAAAAAAAAUCUAAGGAUUCCCAAGGAGGGUGGACUGGACCUAGCACUUCUGAUGGACAUUUGGAUAGCGACGAUGAAAGGGAGUUGGAGAGAGUUAAACAAGAGGAAAGAGACUCUGAACCUGAUGAAGAAGAUGAAGCUGAAUACGUCAACGUACUAGGAAAUGAAGCAGACGUAACAAAAGGAGUUGGUCCUAUGCUUAAGCUAGCCCAUCAGAAGGGUUAUCUAAAUGAUCCCAACGCCAUGCGUAAAACAGGUUUGAAUCUGGACCAUUUGAAAAACAAAUCCAAAACGCAAGUGGAUGCUAUCAGAUAUGAUAUCGAAGACAAGUAUACCAAGAAAUUGGAACGAUUGGGAACAACUGGUAGAGGACCCAUUAUUCCUUUCGCAGAGAAGAAGGAUUAUACUCCAAAAGUUAACCUCGAUUACGUCGAUAAUAAAGGUAGAACCAUGGAUCCUAAAGAUGCAUACAGGGAGUUAUCAUAUAAGUUCCACGGUCGUAAUCCAGGAAAGAAACAGACUGAAAAGCGAAUGGUUCAAAGAGAGAAGAAGGAGAUGUUGAAACAGAUGAACUCUUCCGAUACUCCGCUUGGAACUCUUUCGAAGCAACUGAAGAAGCAAGAGCAACUGCAGACCCCAUACUUAGUUUUGAGUGGUUCCAACCGAGGCGAUCACACAUCCAUCAAGAAAGAAUGA